UCUCGUCUACCUGUUCACGAUCAUUCUCCUUCGAUCUAGAUUCAGUUCGACCUCUCUCUCCCCAAAAAAAGAGUAUGUUGCUGAACACUCAAGCACUCGUGGCUCCCACACAAAAAAAAGUUUUAAAGAAAUUUCCACAAAUAUUUAAAAAGAGAUAAAAAUAAUAUAAUAAAAAUGCAUAAGUUUUCAAAUUUCACGAGGACACGCUCAUUUGGCGGGUUCUUUUUAAAUAUAAAAGCAAACUCUUCCAACAAAUUUCAUUUCAGACACGACACGAUUCAAUCUCUCUCCUCUGUUUCUCUCCCUCUCUACUUCUUCCAUGUCGCCGAUAUCAUUGUUCAUCGCCUCCACCCAACUCCUCGGAACCCUAGUAACUCUCACCGUAGCCGCCAAAGCCUUCAAUUUCUCGCGCUUCCUCCGCCCUCCGAUCGGCGGUUCUGUUGCCCGAUCUCACCGUUCUGAUUCAGCACCACCACACCAUGAUGCUUCCGGUGACGGUCAAAUUUCAGCACCAGCACACGAUGAUGAUGAUGAUGAUGAUGAUGAUGCUUCUGGUCACGGUCAUGCUUCCGGUUCUUCUAUAUCCGGUAUUUCGGCGAGGACGUCGAUGAAGUUUUUCCUCACCUCCACCAAGCUUGUGGGAGCUCUGGUCACUCUCGUGACUGUCGUUGUUGCGGUCAAGACCUACAUCUUCUCCUGUUUCCGCCGAAACUACCUCCGCCCCUUCCGCUCCCCGAUCGACGAAUCCGCCAACAUUCUUGCAAAAUUUGACGACGGAUUUUUCUUCGGUCUCGCUACAGCACCGGCGCAUGUUGAAGAUGAUCUCGAUGAUGCUUGGUUGCAGUUUGUACAACAAACGAGUGGGGGUGCUCAUAACGUAGCUGCUUGGCACAAUGUGCCUAAUCCGGAGGAGAGGUUAAAGUUUUGGACUCAGCCUAAUAGAGAACUACAGUUGGCCAAGAAUACUGGUAUUACUGUUUUUCGCAUGGGAAUAGAUUGGUCAAGAAUCAUGCCAAAGGAGCCAGAAGGAAACAAUCCUCUAGAAUCUAUUAACUAUGCUGCAUUGGAGAGUUAUAAGUUGAUUCUCGAAAAUGUUCGAUCAGAUGGAAUGAAGGUGAUGCUCACUCUUUUCCAUCACUCACUUCCACCUUGGUCUGGUGAGUAUGGAGGUUGGAAGGUGGAAAAGACAGUGGAUUAUUUCAUGCUGUUUACCAGGCUUAUUGUAACCCAUUUAUCCAAAUGGGUAGACUAUUGGGUAACCUUCAAUGAACCCCAUGUCUUCUGCAUGCUCACCUAUUGUGCUGGAGUUUGGCCAGCUGGGGAUCAACCUAGUAGACUAGAUGCAUUGCCGACGGGCGGUUUUCGAAAAGCUAUGCAAUGGAUUUCUAUUGCACAUGCAAAUGCAUACGAUUACAUACAUGAAACAUUAGUAAGUUCAAAUCCAAUAGUGGGGGUUGCCCAUCACGUGGCAUUCACGCGACCCUAUGGACUGUUUGAUGUUAGUUGGGUGUCAUUGAUGAAUUCAUGUACGCUCUUCUCAUAUAUUGAUGGGAUAUGCAACAAGCUGGACUUCAUCGGAAUAAAUUACUAUGGGCAGGAAGUUGUUUCUGGUUUUGCGCUGAAACUGGUGGAAGAUAUGGAGUACAGCGAAUCUGGCCGUGGGGUAUAUCCGGAUGGUUUAUACCGGAUGCUCCUACACUUCCACGAGAGAUACAAGCAUCUUAAACUCCCCUUCAUAAUUACUGAAAACGGAGUUUCAGAUGAGACAGAUUUGAUUCGCAGGCCAUAUCUCGUGGAGCAUUUGCUUGCCAUCCAUGCCGCCAUGACCAUGGGUGUGCCCGUGCUUGGUUAUCUGUUCUGGACUAUAUCUGAUAACUGGGAGUGGGCUGAUGGAUAUGGCCCCAAGUUUGGACUUGUUGCCGUUGACCGGGCAAACUCCCUUCAACGGACUAGACGUCCUUCUUACCAUCUUUUUUCCGAAAUUGCGAAGACAGGUAAAAUUACGCGUGAAGAUCGUGAAGCAGCUUGGGAUGAGCUUCAAAGGGCUGCUAAAGAAAAGAAAACCAGACCAUUUUACCGUUGUGUGAACAAACACGGUAAAAUGGAUUCAGGUGGACUUGAUGAGCCAAUCCAGCGACCUUACAUUGAGCGUGAUUGGAGGUUUGGGCAUUAUGAGAUGCAUGGUCUCCAGGACUAUUUGAGCAUCUUCUUUAGAUUCCUUAUGCGAUAGUUGUUAUGGUUUGGCUCGCGCCAUUGUGGAGAGGCGGGUCGAGCCCGCUUUGCCACUUGUUAUUGUGCAGAUGAUCCAUUUUACUUUGUUAGUGAUGGUUUUGUUUGAUUUCUUAUACUUUGGUGGUAGAUUGUGAUGAAGCCAAGAAUAAAAUGCAACACGUUGAGUGAUUGUAUGUAACAUGCUUUCUGCUUCUGAAUCUACUUGGUAGUGCAUUUUCUGUAAUUACCACCUUACAUACAUUGUGUUUAGUUGCACUUUUUUUUUGCUGACUUAAAAAAACAAAAAAAUUGUAAUAACCGCAUGACAUACAUCGUGUUUAGUUGCACUUCAGAAAUUAUUAAAAGCGCUUUCAUAUUUCAAACAUUUUAGGGCUUUGCAAAAUGCUUUUUUUUUUUAUUGUUGAUAUCAUUUUUAUAAGUGUCUAAUGUUUUUUUCUAGGUUAAAAUGUCACAAUAUUUAAAAAUAUUAGGUUUGCAUGGCCUUCCAUUACCUGUCUUCCGUUUUUGUCCUUCAGUAGCUUCCACUAUUGUUGUAUGGGUAACCAUAAUGGUAAAUUGAGUUGUAACUCAAAGUGGGCUUGGAUCUUUCUGGUUGAGGAAAGGAAGUUGGAGCUUUCUGGUGUUAGAGUGGAGUUAUGAGAUCAUCAUCUGGGUUCUUGGACUUUCUGAAUCAAACGGUCUGGGGGUUGAUCCAGAAAAGAUUGACUGACUCAUCAUGUAAAUUGUGUUUUUAUGUUCUGGAUGUUCAUUGAUUGGGUGUCUACUUUUAGUAUUUUAGUUGAGUUAUGGUUAUCUGUAUCAUUUUCUCUUCCUUUUUGAUUGGUUUUUUCUCUGUAAAUCAAGGAAGCCUCUAAUAGAACCUUGAAAGUUGUAAAAUAAAUGGUUGUUUUCAAUUC